AUUAUUUAACGACGCCUUAUCUUGUCUCCUGCCAUCAAGGGUUGCCUAGAAAUUUACAGGACUAUUUGCGGACUCUUUAAAAAUGACGUCUCUAGAAAGGCUAGAGGCUGACAACCUCUACGCUGUCGUUGACAUGGGAAGCAACGGCAUUCGUUUCUCAAUUUCUAACCUCUCACCACCAACCACAAGAAUAAUGCCUAUUCUCUUCCAAGACCGUGUGGGCAUUUCACUAUAUGAUGCUCAAUUCCCCGCAACAUCUGACGGCCAACGUGCACCGAUCCCAACUUCUGUGAUUGAAGAUGUAGUCACGAGGCUUUUGAAAUUCAAGACUACUUGCGAAGACUUCAACGUGCCAGCGCAGAACAUUCAUGUCUUAGCUACGGAAGCUACGAGAACGGCGCUCAAUUCAGCCGAAUUUCUUGGAACUAUAAAAUCCAAGACUGGAUGGAAAGUUAAGUUACUAUCUAAAGAGGACGAAGGUCGUAUAGGCGCUUUAGGGGUGGCAAGUAGCUUUUCUUCAGUCCAGGGUCUGGUGAUGGACCUUGGUGGUGGCAGCACUCAGCUCACAUGGAUGAUUGCAAAAGACGGCACUGUCGAGACAAGCUCCCGCGGGUCUAUUAGCUUCCCGUAUGGCGCUGCGGCACUUACGAGGAGACUGCAGAUUGCCCAGGCCAAGGGUCAGAAGGCAGUGGACGAGCUGCGAGCGGAAGUGAAAGCCAACCUUCAAACCGCUUAUCCUUCCUUAGAAGUCCCUGAAAGCCUGGAAAAGACUGCCAAACAGCAAGAGGGAUUUGAUCUGUAUCUGUCUGGUGGAGGAUUUAGAGGGUGGGGAUAUCUGCUUAUGAGUCAAUCAAGGCUCAAUCCAUAUCCAAUCCCUAUUAUCAAUGGAUUCAGGGCCAUGCCAAGGGAUUUUGAGGACACGUCAGCGGUCAUGAGCACGGCAGCAGAAUCUGAGGACAACAAAAUAUUCCGGGUCUCCAAGAGACGAGCCUCGCAAGUACCAGCUGUCGCGCUUCUUGUUAAUGUCCUCAGGGAAUGUCUGCCAUCCGUAAGGUCAAUUAGGUUCUGCCAAGGAGGCGUGCGUGAAGGGUUCUUGUUUGACAAGUUGGCCCCUGAAAUUCGCAGCCAGGAUCCCCUCGUCGUUGCUACGAAGCCGUAUGCCACAGCAUCAGCCGACAUCAUUUACGACCUUCUCCGAAAAUGUCUUCCCAAUACCAUAUCUUCUAUACUCUCCCGACAAGUCCCAUAUUCAUUCUCGCCUAGCCUGUUACAUGGAUUGAGCAACCUUUUAUUUGCUCAUGUCGCCGUUCCGAGAGAAACUCGCCCAGCUGCCGGGCUGUACAGUACUACUACGGGUAUUCUUGCCAGCGCAAAUAGCCUAGCUCAUAGUGACCGGGCAAUCCUCGCAUUGGUUCUUUCCGAACGAUGGCCCGGAGAUCUCGCCCCUGCAGAAGAAUCAUUCAAAGCCCGUCUCCAGCAGUUCCUUUCCCCCGACGAAGCCUGGUGGUGCCAAUACCUGGGACGUGUAGCUGCACUUAUUGGUGAUGUUUAUCCCGCCGGGCGACUUCCACAGGAGGCACCGCGGAUUAGCUUCAGUACAAACUGGAAAGAGAUAUCUAAGAAGAAACAAGGCACGACAGAUGCGCUCUGUUUGAAAGUUGUGUUGCAUCAGAGUGUGCAGCAGACAGUCACCGAGUCGUCGCUGCGAGACACAAUUAAUGAUAUCGAGAAGUGCGGCAAAAGGAAGAAUUGGAUCAAAGCUGAUGAUCGACUUUUGAGCACAGAAAGAGUAGCUGGAGAUUACGGGAUCAGCGUUGAGGUAGAGCUCUUAUCAGAUUGAAUUAUCCUAGGCAUAUUUUUUGUACGGUAUUUGAUAUAAUAGUCUAAUAUUUAAUUUACUAUACAUAUUUCAGAUCGAUUACGACCUGUUGAAUGCUAGGUGAAGCUGAUACUUCAACGAAUCAUUCAAUGUUUUGAUGUUUGAGCCUAUCAGAUUGCUAACUACCCACUGAGUUUAUAAAGUUUCACUUGAAAAUAACUGCUCCAUCCAAUAAACAGAUUCAAAUCCUCACCGGAGCGAAAAGUGGAAAACCCAAAGUAUUAUUUGUUGUUGAGUUGACACGCCAUUGGCCAUUCACCCUUGCCUGCCAUACACCAACAGCCCUGACGACAUGCCGCCGUCAUGUCGCUCCAGAAAAACCGGGUAUUCUCGGAUUUGACCCAAGAGAAGAAUG